GGAGCUGGAGGGAGAGCUAUUGAUUCUAACUCCCAAUUAUUAUCAAAAAUGACACGAAAUAAAAGCAAAACGGACAAAAAGAACAAUACCGAGGAGAAGAAGAACUCUGGUAAUGAGAAAAAGUCCAGUAGUUGUGACAAAAAACAAAUCAGACAGUGGGAAGCUGCUCGGCGCCACCGCUUCAACAACAUCAUAGAGAAGCUACGACAAGAACUACCAAACUGUAAACCAAAAGCUAAAGUUGAGAUUAUCCAGACUGCCAUCAUCUAUAUCCAGGAGUGUAAAAAACUGAAAGAAAGUUUAUUAGCUGGCAAUGAAGCGCAAGAGUUGAAACAAGAAGUAAGGAAGUUGAUGAAACAAGUGGUAGCAUUAAAGAAACGAAACGCCUUGUUGGUGAAAUUAUUACAAGAAUUGGGUCUACGCUUUGAAGGCGAUGACAGGAAUGAAGAUGUCAUAUACACUACACCAGGAACGUGUGUCCAGAAUAACUGCACAAAUACAUCGCACAGGAAGCUAACUUAUGGCCAACGCAUCCCCAUGAUGGUAGGAGACCCAGUGUCUGAUUGUUUUGAUGAUGUAGUGGAGGAUGACCUACAUGGAGACUCUAAUAAUGAGAUUGAUCACAGAGAUGGACCCUUGUCUACUGAGAAGUUGAUAUCCGAUAUAGACACCAGAGUUCCUCCUAUUGUUAGUGGGCAUGAAAAUAGUGCUUCCACAGUUCACAGUAGUUUAGCCCAUAGUGUAAAUGUGAAUCUGAGUGAUAAUGUUGAAAGGAAAAAAGACCCAACUUCAUUAGAUAUCAGUAGAAGUUCAGAAACUGUAUAUAAUAAUUCUUCCCAAACUGUGAUACCUUCUAUUGGUCCAGAGAAUAAUGAUAGCAUAACAGUUCCAAUAAUUAAUAAUAAAGGUAGUUCAGUAAUGAUUUUACCCCAGAACUGUGCAAAUGAAAAAGAAUCAAAUCUACAACUUAAUUGUGUGGGAGGACAAGUUUCUGUAUUACCUCAAAAUUGUGUAAGAGAAAUUGGACCACAGAGUACUGAUCACCCAAAGGAAAAUAUAAUCGUGGAAGGAGUUGAUAACCGUGGCACAGUUACUGUAAGCAUUAUACAGGAUGAGGAAGAAAGUGUAACUAACUCUCCAUCAAAGUCUACACCAUUACCAAGAAAUGCAAAGCUGGAGACAGAACGAUCUUCAAGAAUAUCAAACACAAGUAAAGACCUCAUGCUGUCAUCAUCUGAUGCAUGUUUAGUUGUUCAAGAUGUGCAGCAAGUCACAAUACAUCCAGAUGUGCAGAACCAACCAGUGUCCACUGUGGCUCACUUCUCUGGUCAAGUGACAAAUUCAUACAAUAGCCAGCCACAGAUGGUGACCCUUCAGGUCCAAGGAGGAGGAGGAGACAAAGGCAAUAACAAGGGGCAAAAAGUAGUAUUGCUGCAGUGUGGUAAUCCUGGAUCAAGCACCAUCCAGUUGGUGCCACCCAUUGCAGAUAACUCCCAGCUCACGUAUGUGACCCCUUCACUCUCAGGUGUACCCAUCAUGUCCACUGGAGUACCUCCACCCAUCCUCCGUGGGGGAAAGAUUAUGAAAAUGAUGAAAACAUCUCCGUUACUGCUCCUCCCAUCCCAGCCCAUCCUUGCUCCUGUACCUCAGCCACCGAGGCUCAAACCUAUUGCACCCAAACCCUGUGCAUGUAAGACUGUUUCUACUUGCCAGUCAAGAGGCUCAUCACUAAGUGGACCAUCUACCAAUAUAAAUUCCACUAAUAAGACUCAAGUGUCUCCAGCCAAAAAGGAACUCAUUCAGGUCAGUUCUAAAAUACCAACAAAAUCUAAGCGAUUCCUUCCCUUGGAUAAGUGUGAUAACAAGCAAACAAAGCGAAGUAGAAUUGAUUAUGAAUCGAGGGCACCUGCUGUGUCAAAGCUGAACCCUUCUCUGCAUCCUUUACAACCAUUGGAUCCAAAUUCAAAAUCUAUCCCGGUUAAUCCAGCAGAAAUUUCUGAUGAGCAAGGCCAAGACCUUCAAGAAAUAUCCACAUCUACACUAACUGGUCUAGUACAUUCAGCUGGAAUUAUGGACUGUGUUGAGGAAGAUCCUCUGGGAAAUAUUAUGGAUAUUCGAGUCGAUAUGCCUUGUGUUAUUACAGAAAAUAUUCGUGGGGCCGGUAUGGAAACUAGUAAUCCUGCAGACGAUAGACUCGUAGAAAUGUUGCGAUCAAUAGAGAGUGACCCUAGAUCCUGUGGUUUUUCUCCACCAUCAUCUCCAGUUACAACUUCAGAAAGUUUUGUAAAGCCAGUGAAGGAGGGAGACUCACAGGAUCAAGAUGAAGUAGAGGACCACAGAACUGAGACUCUUGCAGGAGAAGAGAACAAAGUCAAUUUGGUUUCAUCUAAUGAAAGCACAUCAAAUGGAACUAAAGCUGCUACCUUACAAACCCAAGAAGAAUCAGCAACUACACAAGACCUUACUCAGCUAGAAUGCCCAGUCAGCUCCCGGGGGCCAACAGAGAAUUCCCUCAGCAGUAGUUCAUACAGCAUAACUGCUCUUUGUCUAUCAUCUAGACCAGCAGAAGAUAUAGAUACACCUCUUAGGGAUAUUUCAAAUCAUUCAAUAUCUACAUCUAACUCUUUUAUUGCUGAACUACCGGAUGGCCUCUCCGAAGCACAGUCUUCCAUGAUAACGUCUACAGUUAUGAGUGGUGUCCAUCCAAGAGUUUCCACCCCACUAAUACUACCUACUUCUGUGUAUCCCUCUACAAAUACAUCAUUACUGUCACGGGAAAAUUUGCCUAAAGCAUCAUCUGCUCCAACAAUAUGUCAGUUGCCUCUCCCCACAUCACUUCCACCGCCUUCCAUUUUCCAUAGGUCACCCUCAGUUCUGUCAUCUAAUGCACAUUCCCUUCCUUUAGCCCUUCCCCCCCUGCCUGUCCCUCAUCUUCCAUCCCUCCCAACAGAGCAUUAUUCUUCAGCAAUUCUCUCAUCGCCAUCCAUAGCUUUAACUACUUCCAGUUCCUCUUUAACCUCCGCACCAUCUAGUACAUCUAAAGCUAUCACUAAUGCCAUGUCACCUAUAACUCUACCUAGUUUAUUCUCUGCCACAGUUACUCCUCCCAUUUCACUGCCGUCUACACCUAUCUCUAUACCAUCAUCAACCUCACUCUCAACCUCUCUGUCAUCACCUCACUCUAUCUCACUUCCUUCCUCUGUCCCUGUCUCACUUUCAACAUCAUCUAUCCCUACUUCAGUGUCACAUGCUACUCCAUCCUCACAGCUGACUUGUGUACCUAGAUCCCUGUCACCAGCUGUCACUGCCCCAACUUCAUUGCCAUCAUCUGUUCAGCCAGUGUCGUCUUUGUCCACUCUCCCAGUUACAUCUCCCAUCUCCUUACCACAGUUGUCAUCUCUCACGGAAUCAUCAGUCCCAAUUUCUCGUGCAUCGUCUGUUCCCAUUACUUUUUCUUCCCCCUUCCCACAUACUCUUGCAUCAUCUGUCCCACAUACUCUUGCAUCAUCUGUCCCACAUACCCUUGCAUCAUCAGCCCCACAUACCUUUGCAUCAUCAGCCCCACAUACCCUUGCAUCAUCUGUCCCACAUACCCUUGCAUCAUCUGUCCCACAAACCCUUGCAUCAUCAGCCCCACAUACCUUUGCAUCAUCAGCCCCACAUACCCUUGCAUCAUCUGUCCCACAUACCCUUGCAUCAUCUGUCCCACAAACCCUUGCAUCAUCAGCCCCACAUACCCUGCAUCAUCAGCCCCAUAUACCCUUGCAUCAUCAGCCCCACAUACCUUGCAUCAUCAGCCCCACAUACCCUUGCAUCAACAGCCCCACAUACCCUUGCAUCAUCUGCCCCACAUACCUUUGCAUCAUCUGUCCUACAUAACCUU